AAUUACCCCCAACUCCUAAAACUAUCUUUCCAAAAAGGCCACUUUACCAACCUAAACUCAACAUGCCUCCUAGAAGACAAAAUCUUCCUCGUCAACGAGCUGUUCGAGACGUAGAGAUGGAAGAAUUACAUCAACAAAUUCAAAGGCUUCAAGAGAGACUCGAAGCGAAUAAUGAAAGCUCCUCAUCAAUAGAAAGAGUUUGUCAUCGACAUCCUCAACAAAAUGUUGCUCCCAAAUCCACCGACCUUGGCAUCAAAAUCGAUAUUCCAGAUUUUGAAGGUUGCCUUCAACAAGAUGAAUUUAUUGAUUGGUUACACACUGUGGAACGUGUGUUUGAACUCAAGGAUAUUCUUGACGACAAGCAUGUGAAGCUCGUCGCCAUCAAAUUGAAAAAACAUGCAUCCAUUUGGUGGGAGAAUCUCAAACGUAGUCGAGAAAGAGAAGGCUGCAGCAAAAUUAGAACUUUGGAGAAAAUGUGUCGGGAACUCACUCGUAAGUUCUUACCUGAUCGUUACUACCAAGAUAAUUUUGUUAAAUUUCAUAACUUGCAACAAAAAUCUUUGACUGUGGAAGAAUAUACUAUGGAGUUCGAACAAUUAAUGAUGAAGUGUGAUGUUCGAGAAAAAGAAGAGCAAACCAUAGCCCGAUAUCUUGGAGGAUUGGACUAUGACAUUUCCAAAAUUGUUCAACUUCAACAAUAUUGGACUUCAAAUGAUGUAAUUCGGCUAGCAUUGAGGGUUGAAAAGCAAAUCUCAAAGAAGAAUAUUAUUAUUGCUUCAAAACCACAUGAUUUUGAAGGUAGCCAAAGGACCCAAGCCUCAAACAUUGUUGCUGAGACACCUGCCAAAGUUGAGAAGGAAGCUAGUUCAAGCUAUCCAGCCCAGCCUAACACUCGAAAGUGUUUCAAGUGUCAAGGAUUUGGCCACAUUACCUCCGACUGUCCCAAUAGGAGAAUUAUCACCAUUAUUGGAGAAGAGAUUCAUGAAGUCUCAAAUGGUGAAGUAGAAAAGGAGCAUAGUGAUGAGACUAAGCCACAACUUGAGGAAGAACUCAUCGCAGUUGACCAUGGAGAAUCUUUAGUUGUGCGUCGAAGUCCUCAUGCUACCAUAACCAAGGAUGAAGAUUGGCUUCAACAUAACAUCUUUCACACGAGAUGUCCUUCUCGAGGGAAAGUUUGCAACGUCAUCAUCGACAGUGGAAGUUGUGAGAAUGUUGUGUCCAGUUAUAUGGUUGAGAAGCUAGGACUGCCAGUCAAAGAUAUUUCCCAUCCAUACAAGCUACAAUGGCUACAAAAAGGAAAUGAGCAAUUUGACAGAAAGGCUAUCCAUGAUGGCCAUACCAACACCUACUUGUUUGUGAAAGAUGGUGUGCAAAUCAAGCUCACUCCCUUGAAACCUAAAGAUUUACUUGAAAAGAAGGAUGAGGACAAGGCCUUAAUCUCUAGAUCAACCUUUCAGAAGUUGCAUCACGAAUUGAGGAUAACUUGUCUCUUACUAUUAUCUAAAGUGAAUGAUGCCACUUCCCCUUUUCCAGAGGAAAUUCGAUCUCUCCUUGAAGAAUUUUCUGAUGUUGUCCCUGACGAGAUCCCUCAUGGAUUACCGAUCAUAAGGAUUGAUCUCAAACUUGAGGAUGAGUUUUCUCUAACCAGGGGAGAAUGCACCAGGAAAAAUGCAGCAAGCAUGCAGAAGCUACGCUACAGCACCACCAACUACAAUAGGCCAGUGCAACUUUGUCAAAAUGGCCACAACGGGAGUGUUGUUUGGGCAUCAAACUCAAAGAAAGAAGCUCAAAACCCAGUACUGCAGCUCCUGGAUUCUGGAAAUCUUGUUCUACAGGAUAGAAAUGCUGGUAUUUUGUGGCAAAGCUUUGACUAUCCAACUGAUACUUUGCUGGCGGAUAUGAAACUUGGAUGGGACUUUAAAAGUGGACUUAAUCGCCAACUAUCAGCUUGGAAGACCCCAAAUGAUCCGUGCCCUGGAGACUUAACUCUGGGGAUAGAGCCAUAUGGUAAUCCUGAUUUUGUUCUUUGGAAAGGCUUGAGAAAAUAUGCUCAGACAGGCCCCUGGAAUGGCAUUGUAAUGAGUGGUACGCCCCAGUUGAAGCCAAAUUCAUGGUUUACAUUCAGCUUAGUCUCAAAUGCAGAGGAGGUUUACUACAUAUUUUACCUCAGAAACAAAUCAACAAUCACAAAGGUUAUUGUGAACCAAACUUCCAGUAGGAGGGAACGCUAUUUGUGGAAUAAAGACACUCAGACUUGGGAAGGGUACGGUUUUUUUCCAUGGGAUGUCUGUGACAACUAUGGGACUUGUGGGGCGUAUGGGACCUGUGUCAAUACCGUGCUACCGCCUUGUAAAUGUUUAAAAGGUUUCAAGCUUAAAUCACAAGAAAGCUCAGUAGAUUGGUUUCAGGGAUGUGAGCGUAAUAAACCUUUAGACUGCCAGAAAGGUGAUGGAUUCAUUAAAUUUGGUGGGCUGAAACUGCCAGAUACUACACAUUCUUGGGUGAAUAAAAGUAUGAACCUCAAAGAGUGCAGGGCUAAAUGCUUAGAGAAUUGUUCUUGUACGGCCUAUUCAACCUUGGACAUUAAAGAAGGCAGUGGUUGUGCAAUUUGGUUUGGUGAUCUGAUUGAUCUUAAAGACCUCCAAUCUGAUGGACAGGAUUUAUACAUUCGAAUGGCUUUUUCUGAUUCAGACCACGAAGAAACAAAAGGCACAACUAAAAUGAUGGCUGGACUGAUAAUUGCAACUGCCAUUCUUGUAGUUGUUGGUGUUCUUGUAAUCACCUACUACAUUCGAAGGAGCCAUCGAAACAUAGAAGCAAGAGAAAAUGGCAGCAGUGAUGAAAGACAAAUUGAAGAUGUGGAGCUCCCAUCCUUCGAGUUAGAUUUAAUAUCGAAUGCCACCAGUAACUUCUCUUCAAACAACAAACUAGGAGAAGGUGGCUUUGGGCCUGUAUACAAGGGUACUCUACCAGAUGGAAAAGAAAUUGCCGUAAAGAGGCUCUCAAGAAGCUCUGGACAAGGAAUAGCUGAGUUUAGGAAUGAAGUAGCACUUAUAGCCAAACUUCAACAUCGAAAUCUUGUAAAGCUUCUAGGAUGCUGCAUUCAGGGGGAGGAGAAAAUGUUGAUUUACGAAUAUAUGCCCAAUAAAAGUUUGGACUUCUUCAUUUUUGGUUCGGCUGAAUGCUGCAUUAAUAGGAUGAACAUAUUAUGUGACAGACCAUACAAGAAGGAAUCUAUUAGACUGGCCAAGGCGUUUUCACAUUAUUUGUGGAAUUGCUAGAGGGCUUGUCUAUUUACAUCAAGAUUCUAGAUUGCGGAUCAUCCAUAGGGAUCUCAAAGCAAGCAAUGUUUUGCUCGAUAAUGGCGGUUUAGCAAGCUUUGGGUAUGUUCCUUUGAUGCCUUUUGUGUGUAGGAGUUGGAAUUCUCAUUGUACCCGGAAGUCAAGCAAAUCGACUACUGGUUGCUGCUGGUUAUAGUCAUUGUAUAAUAGUAUAUAACUAUAUAUCUUCUUCUUCAGAAGCACACGUAUAACAUUCUAA